AUUGGGAUUGCAGCGGAGAAUAUCAUUUUUGUCACUAUACUCAUGAUAAAUAGGAUUACUGUAUCACAAUGAUAUCAAGUUACAGAAAACUUCGGUCAAAUUGUAUGAAAUCACUGGUGCACAGAUUUUUAACUACAAAUGCAGAAGCUCGAACAAACAAUGAAAUAACUGUGCUUGGUUGCAAUUAUCUACGGGAUGCAUGGACAAAUGUUUCUUUGAAUAUUAUCUCGAAACUUGGAAGAAACCUGCAUGUUACUCAGUAUCAUCCUUUAUCUCAUAUACGUCAACAAAUUGUUAAUUAUUUUUAUAAGCAAUUUUACAAUCGUAUUGGGAACUCAAUCUUCAGUGUACACGACAAUAUAUCUCCUAUAGUCACAACAGCUCAACAGUUUGAUUCUCUUCUUAUACCAGAGGAUCACCCAAGUAGGAAGAAAACAGAUUGUUACUAUAUAAAUCAGAACACUUUGUUACGUGCUCAUACAACUGCGCAUCAAGCGGAUCUAAUUUCUAUGGGAUUAAAUAAUUUUCUUAUAAUUGGGGAUGUUUAUCGUAAAGAUGAAAUAGAUCGUGUGCAUUAUCCUGUGUUUCAUCAAGCAGAUGGUGUUAGAUUAUGUACAGUACAAGAGGUAUUUUCAAAUACAAAGGAUCCCGAUGGGUUAAGACUAUUUGAGCACAGAGGUGUAGAGAGUAGUGAAAAACAAGGUUGUCAUACUCUAGAAUCUGUAAAAAUAAUGGAACACGAAUUAAAGAAUACCUUAAUUGGAUUAGCACAGACACUUUUUGGAAAAGACAUUAGGUGCAAAUGGGUUGAACAGUAUUUUCCAUUCACCCAUCCCUCAUGGGAAUUAGAAGUUUAUUAUAAAGAUCAAUGGCUCGAACUGUUAGGAUGUGGGAUUAUACGACAAGAAAUUUUACAGUCUGCAGGAGCAGGAGAACGCAUUGGAUGGGCAUUUGGUUUGGGUUUAGAGAGAUUAGCAAUGUGUCUGUACAAUAUUCCUGAUAUCAGGUUAUUUUGGAGCAAGGAUAGUGGCUUCUUGAAUCAAUUCAAAUUUGAAGAUCCUAAUACAAUGGUACAGUACAAGCCGAUUAGCAUUUAUCCUCAGUGCAAAAAUGAUGUAAGCUUCUGGUUACCCGAAGACGGAUCUUAUUCGCCAAAUGAUUUUUAUGACAUUAUACAGGAUGUUGCUAACCAUAGAGUAGAACAAGUUAUAUUAAAAGAUGUGUAUACUCAUCCUGUAACCAAAAGAGUAUCACAUUGUUACACUAUAGUGUACAGACAUAUGGAACGUACGCUUAUAAAAAGGGAAGUAAACAAAGUUCAUGACCGAAUAAAACAACAUGUUACUGAGUGCCUACAUGUUACAGUCAGAUGAAAUACAUAAUAAAUAAGCUGAGACACAUAGCACUGUGAUCUGUUAUUAUUUCAGUGCCAUACCAUUGUACACAGGCCAUCAAUGGAAACAAUAAAAAGUAAAGAAUUAGUCGG